AUGCUGCUCGAUGCCCAUGCUGCCUCGCUCGUCGCCGCCGCCAGCUUCACCAAGGUCGCCGAGUUCUCCGGCCUCACCUUCUUCGACAACUUCAGCUUCAUGACCGCCAAGGAUCCAACCCCAAACACCACCAACCAGUAUAUCUCGCGCGCCAACGCUACCAAGGCGAACUUGAUCUACUUCAACCAGGGCGCUGGCAGUGCCUUCAUGGCCGUCGACUCUUCCACCGUCGUCCCCAGCGGCGGCAAGCGCAGCUCGGUUCGCAUUCAGUCCAACAAAGUUUACAACUCUGGAACCUUGCUCGUCGCCGACAUUGGCCACGCCCCGACGGGCUGCGGAACCUGGCCCGCCAUGUGGUUCAAGGGUCUCAACCAGGGCGAGCUGGACUUUAUGGAAGGCGUCAACACCAUGAGCUACAACAACAUGGUCAUCCACACCUCCUCGGGAUGCUACGGAGAGCCCGACAGAUCGAGCCAGCUCGGCCAGGCGCUCUCUCAGACCUGUGGCAUCAACGACCCGCCCGUUCCCAGCCCCGCGCUCUCCAACGGCUGUGCAACCAAAGUGAACGAUUCCUCGACCUUUGGUCCUCAGUUCAACGCCGUCGGCGGCGGCGCCUACACCAUCAACUGGGACACCAACGGCUUUGCCAUCCACUUCUUCAGCCGCCCCAACAUUCCCGCUGACAUUCUGUCCGAGAACCCCAACCCCGAUACCUGGGGCCUUCCCCUGAUGCGCUUUGACUUUGGCUGCUGUCCCUCGAACCACUUCCAAGACCUGCGCCUGAUCAUCAACACCGCGCUCUGUGGCAAGUGGCCCAUCAGCAACUGGGGCGACUCAGGAUGCCCUUCCGACUUGACCUGUGAGCAGUAUGUCCUCUCCACGCCAGGGGGUUUUAACGAUGCCUACUGGGCCAUUCAUUCCAUCAAGGAAUACAAGAACAAUGGUAAGUAG